AUGUAAACAAUUCUUUACUUGUUCCAAUAGAGAAAGAGAGAGGAAGCUAAAAGGUUUUAUAUAUGUCUUCCCCUGUCAAGAUCUAGGGUUUCUAUCUCAUCGUUUCUCUCUAUUCAUAGAAUUUUGUUAACCUUUUCUUCUAGUUUUUUCUUUGUCUCAACUAUGUUUCUUUUCUUCCGGGAAAGAGCUAGUUUGCUUUCUCUCUGCCCAGCUGCCAUAGAAGAAUAUGUGUAAUUAAAGCUUAUUAGCCUUGAGAGCGAGCAACACAGGAAACCCUAGCUUGUUGCCUAGUUAAUUAUGAUUUAUUGGUGUAUAUUCUUUCACGUGUAUUUAUACAGUUAUUGAUAUAAUUCUCAUACUUGGAAAGAGGAAGACAAGGGGGAAGCUAUAGAGAGAGGCCCAUGGAAGGCACGGAAUGCUCAAACACGAGUCCAAGUAACCAAAAUAUUCCAGAAGCAGAGAGUGAAAAUGAAGAGGGCAGAAGCUGUAUGCCUGAAAAUGGUGGAAGCUCGAGCAACAGCACAGUGGAGGAAAAUGAGAAGAAGCAAUCGGUGAGGCCGUAUGUCAGAUCCAAGAUGCCAAGGCUCCGGUGGACCCAAGAUCUCCAUCUUCGAUUUGUUCAUGCUGUAGAGAGACUUGGGGGUCAAGAAAGAGCGACACCGAAGUUGGUUCUUCAAUUGAUGAACAUCAAAGGGCUUAGUAUUGCUCAUGUCAAGAGCCAUUUACAGAUGUAUAGAAGCAAGAAAAUUGAUGAUCCAAGGCAAGUUAUAACAGAUCAUAAGCAUCUUGUGGAAAGUGGAGGUCAAAAUCUUUAUAACCUAAGUCAACUUCCAAUGCUACCGGAUAAUAAUCAUCGAGUUAACGCUUCCAAUUUCAGAUUUGGAGGCUCUUCCUGGACUGCAGCAAGGGAAUACUUACUCCGAAAUCCUUACAUGAGCCGGAGUUUUUCCGAUCAAGGAUUAUUUCACGGCACUGUCACGGGGAGGAUCUCCCAUAGCAGCAUCAAAAGUUGGCCUAAUAAUAAUUUCAGCAUGGGAACUCCCCCUUUUGCUCCCAUGCCUCCCUGGAAAACUCACCAAAUUCACGAGACUUUCCAAACACAAGCCAAAUUUACCAAAGAUCAUUUUGCUUUCAUCCAAACCACCACCCCUCCUUCAAUUGAAUGGAAUUCACCCGAGUGCAGCAAGUCCAUGAAAAGGAAAGCCCCGGAUUGCAACCUGGACUUGGAUCUUUCUCUAAGGCUAACAAGAGGGAAUGAAGAUCAAAAUAAGCAAAAGCAUGACAAUGAUUUGGAGAACGAGUUAUCAUUGUCUUUGUACUCACCUUUGUCGAAGUUUAGUAGAUUGAAAGAAAAAGAUCAUAGUAAGGAGAAUUCAGGAAGGGCAAGUACUCUGGAUCUGACUCUAUGAAUUUUGGAAAUUCUAAGUGAGAUCUUGAGGUACUUAUCCUAAUUUUUUUUUUUCCUUUUCUCUUGUAUCAUUAGUAUCAGAAAUCAAUAAAAAAAAACUUUUAAU